AUGUCUGGACCAUCUGGAUCCGGUGAAGAUGCGGCGGAUCAUAACGUUGAAGUGUGGAAAAUCAAACGGUUGAUAAAAAGUUUGGAAAUGGCUCGCGGGAAUGGUACAUCGAUGAUUUCAUUGAUAAUACCGCCACGAGAUCAAAUUGCGCGUAUCUCAAAAAUGUUAGCCGACGAAUAUGGUACUGCGUCAAAUAUCAAAUCUCGAGUAAACCGGUUAUCCGUAUUAGGUGCUAUAACAUCGGUACAAGGAAGGCUAAAACUUUAUAACAAAGUACCAACAAAUGGUUUGGUGAUUUAUUGUGGUACCAUUGUAACGGAUGAAGGGAAGGAGAAGAAAGUGAACAUUGAUUUCGAACCAUUCAAACCAAUAAAUACUUCACUUUAUCUUUGUGAUAACAAAUUCCAUACAGAAGCAUUGCAGGCCCUGUUGGCUGAUGACAAUAAAUUUGGAUUCAUUAUAAUGGAUGGUAAUGGGUCAUUGUUUGGAACAUUGCAAGGUAAUACGCGUGAAGUGCUACACAAAUUUACCGUUGAUUUACCAAAAAAGCAUGGUCGUGGUGGACAAUCUGCGCUGCGUUUCGCACGACUUCGUAUGGAGAAACGUCACAAUUAUGUAAGGAAGGUUGCGGAAACAGCUGUUGAAAUAUUUAUUCGAAACGAUAAAGUAAAUGUAGCAGGGCUAAUUUUGGCUGGUAGCGCAGAUUUCAAAACGGAGCUUGGCCAAUCCGAUAUGUUUGAUCAGCGACUUCAAGCUAAAAUUAUCAAAACGGUAGAUAUUUCAUACGGUGGUGAGAAUGGAUUUAAUCAGGCAAUUGAAUUAGCCGAAGAUGCGCUAGCGAAUGUGAAAUUCAUCCAAGAAAAGAAAUUAAUUAACGGAUAUUUUGAUGAGAUUUCGCAGGUAUUUCAAGUUCGCAAAUUGUUGCUUUUUAAAUUAUCACUUUUAUCAAUUGCUAACGUUACGCGUAAAUUCCUUGGUAAUGUUGCAUUGUACGAUUUAUUUGCAAGCCUGUUCGUUAUUGCACUACAACUAAUCCGUUUUACUCCAUGUGAAAUCAGCAAAUAUGUUUAUAUGUUAAAGGAUUCCGGAAAGUAUGUUUAUGGUGUGACGGAUACGCUGCAAGCAUUGGAAAUGGGUGCUGUGGAAACAUUGAUCUGUUGGGAGAAUUUAGAUAUUGUACGUUAUCAGCUUAAAAAUCCGGUUACUGGAGAGGAAAAGUUGUUAUAUUUGGACCCGGAUCAGGAAAAGAAUAAGACACAUUUCACUGAAUCGUCCACUGGCGUUGAAUUAGAACUUAUGGAUUCCAUGCCGUUAUUAGAAUGGUUAGCGAACAAUUACAAAUCGUAUGGUGCAGCUUUGGAAAUUGUUACGGACCGAUCGCAGGAAGGGGCGCAAUUUGUGCGGGGCUUUGGCGGUAUUGGAGGUCUUUUGCGUUAUCGUGUGGACUUCCAACUGAAUGAUCUCAAUGACGAUAUCGAGGAUAUCAAUCUCGAUGACUAUUGA